UUAAUAAGUACCACAAGCAGUAGCCAUUUCUAAAUAUUUUACAUGGAGCUCUUCUAUCCGUGCUUUAGCUAUUAGUUCGUAUUGCAAUUUACAUGUGCUUCAAAUUAGUGAGAACUCGAUAGAUAAUUUAACAUGGCAUCCAAACGACAAAUUCUUAGCCUUUACAAGUGCUUACUUAAUGAAUCCAAGAAGUUUCCUUCAUAUAAUUUCAGAAAUUAUGCUGUGCGAAAGAUCAAAGAUAGCUUUAAGGCAAACAGAAAUUUAUCAGAUCCUAGUCAGAUAAUGGUCAAAAUGCAAGAGGCUAAAACAAAUCUUGAAAUCAUCAGACGACAGGUGAUGAUUGGGCAAAUGUAUUCAACUGACAAACUGGUAAUUGAGAAUGUUCAUAGUAUAAGAGUAAAUUUAUGAAGAUCUCUGUAAAAUUUAAGUAUAAACCAUACUUUAUUUUGUAUGUACUAGUUUUGAUAGCCUCAUAUACAUGAUUAAGCACUGAUUUUUCUUUUAUUUUUAUUUAAUAUAUAAUUAUAAAAUCAA